AUGUUAUCGACAAAUCCAACAGAUCCUACAUUCAGAUCCUAUAGCGCCGUUCAGGCUCAGACCUACGCUGUUGAACGGAGAUCAUAUCCAAAUGAACUUUACGAUAUUGUGCUCAAAUAUCAUACCAGUACUGGGGGCAAAUUAAACCAACUUCUCGAUGUGGGAUGUGGACCUGGAAAUGCGACACGAGAUCUUUCCAUAGCCUUUGACCGUGCGGUAGGCGCUGAUCCGAGUGCAGAGAUGAUUGCUGCUGCACGAAGCCGAGGUGGAAAGACUCGAUCGGGUGACGAUAUUAAGUUUGAAAUUAGUCUUGCAGAAGAAUGCUCGAAAAUAAACGAAAUUGGAGCUGAAACUGUAGACUUGCUCACGGUAGCAAUGGCUGCUCAUUGGUUCAACAUGGAUGCAUUCUGGACUGAAGCAGCAAAGGUACUCAAACCAGGUGGUUCCGUAGCUCUUUGGACGCUUGCUUCCCUCUAUUGCCAUCCUUGCACUCCAAAUGCUGCAGAAGUGCAGCGUAUUCUCUUUCAUUUGGAACGCGAAGUUCUUGCGCCUUUCGAGCUACCAUCUAAUCGCCUCUCGCGAGACAUGUACGAUAAACUUGUUCUUCCAUGGGAUAUGAUGCCUCCUAUCACGGCUUUCUCUUCAUCCGAUUUUGUUCGAUAUGAAUGGGAUCGUAAUGGUAUCCUGAGCAAUGGUAGCACAUUUUUUGGUCAAAGUGAUGAAGCCUCUUUAGAUGAACUGGAAAGAGGAUUGGCAACAUCCAGCAUGGUCACACGUUGGAGAGAUGCAAAUCCUAAUUUGGCAGGAACCGACAAAGAUUGCGUGCAAGAAGCAAUGAAGAAGCUCAAAGAAGCGCUUAAUGGACAGGAGACCUUCAUACAAGGUUCCGGAACUGUACUCCUACUGUUUAAGAAGCAGUCAUCUUGA